AAUGAAAACUGUUUUUUCUCUUUUUAACUCAAAGAAAUGAAGAGUUUGAAAAGCGGUGAAAAUACAAUUAUUACUCUGGAACGUAAGGUUAAAUGAAUGGCAUACUGUGCUCCGACCAGCUCCUACUAGCUGAUGGCUGUUUUUUUAGUACAUAUACGUUAAAGUGUUUUAUGUUCUGUUAACUGCGAUGUGACCUAAAUAAUAUUUAUUCUUCAACAAACUUCGGCACAAAUAUGUUACUUUUCAUUUAACUUUAAAGCGUUGCGAACUUUUCGCAUAGAUAUGUUAAAUUUUAAUAAAUUGUGUUUGUAUUCAUGUUUAUGCGUUAUUGUUAUUAUUGUUUUGUAUUUUCAAUCAGAAAUCGGUCGUAUGGAAGAGAAUUAUCGUAAAUUAGAAAUAAGAUUAGCCCACCCAGGAAUCGGAUUAACGGAGUCUCGCCAGUUUCCUCUAAAUAAUGCGGACCAGACUGUCAUUAUAUACAAUAGGGUCCCGAAGACGGGGUCCACGAGCUUCGUGGGAAUCGCGUACGAUUUAUGCAAGAGGAACAAUUUUAAAGUGCUACAUAUCAACAUUACCGCCAACAGACAUAUCAUGUCGUUGAAUAACCAAUAUAAAUUUGCUCAGAAUGUAACCACUUGGCAUGAUGUCAAACCUGCCCUAUAUCAUGGGCAUAUGGCCUUCCUAAAUUUUGAGAGAUUAGGUACAUCAUCAAAACCCCUAUUCAUAAAUUUAAUAAGGAAACCAUUGGACAGACUAGUUUCAUAUUAUUACUUCCUACGCUACGGUGACAAUUUCCGACCCCAUUUGGUACGAAAGAAACAUGGUGACAAAAUGACAUUUGAUGAAUGUGUUGAGAAGAGCCAGCCGGAUUGUGACCCAAACAAUAUGUGGUUACAAGUGCCUUUUUUCUGUGGUCACGCUGCAGAGUGCUGGAAACCAGGCAACCAUUGGGCUUUAGAACAAGCAAAGCACAACUUAGUCAACCACUACCUUUUGGUAGGAGUCACCGAGGAAAUGCAGGACUUCAUCACAGUACUCGAAGCCACUUUACCGCGCUUCUUCAAAGGGGCCACCGAGUAUUACCUAAGCAGUAAUAAGUCCCACCUACGGCAGACGAGCUCGAAAGUGGACCCGAGCCUGAAGACGGUCGAGAGGAUUCAACAGUCGACCGUUUGGAAAAUGGAAAAUGAGCUUUAUGAGUUUGCAUUAGAACAUUUUAAAUUUGUGAAAAGGAAACUUUUAGUGAAGGAAGCAAACAAUGUGGCUCAGAUAUAUUUUUAUGAGAAAAUAAGACCUAAAUGAGUGAGUGUCCUGAGAGUUUAUUUUUAGUUGAAUUAUUUAUUUUUGUGAAUGUUCUUAAACUUUCUCCGUUUUUGUGUGACGUAGCCAUUCGAUUAAUUGUGCUGUUUAUUGGGUAAAAAAUAUUUUACCGAGUAUUUAAACCUUUGACUGCCGUGUAGGUCACCGGUGCCCUACGCGGCGCACUGAAGUAAUUAUGUCCAUUUCUGUUACUAAGGCACCUGGAUUGCCUUCUUUUGUAGGUUAAUGUAUGUUUUAGUUUUUUAGGUCUCUUAGAAUUAUCUCAUAUAAUCAGAUCUCUUAGAUCAUUCUCAGUAUCUUCUGAUUCAUCUUUGCCAAAGUCUACUAGAUACACCGGCGUCUUAACAAGAUCAAAGAGAAAUCAACAUAAUUAGUUCAGUGCGCCGCGUAGGGCACCGGUGAACUGCACGGCAGUCGAGGGGUUUAAAAGAAAUAGGGUAUCCGGUACAUGUUUUCUUUUGAAAAGUACUGCCCGUCUGGACGCCGCCGUCUCUUAGGCUACCAGCUAAUAGGUAGGGAAUUAAAAGAAAGCUACUGCAGGUUUCUCAUCGAAGACCACGCACAGGUGUAUAUUUAUUUCUAAGAAUGAAAUGGAAUAUUAAUUUAAUUUAUAAUUUAUUUCGACAACUAACUUUGACAAUUCAUUUACGGGACAAUUAAAGGUUAAUGUUUGUUGUAUCUAUAUUAGCAUUCCGUAUGUGUGUAAAGUUAAUCUGAGCAACUUUCAAUAUUUUGGAGUGACAUCGAUAGUUCGUUUGUUUUCUUGAAAGGUUUAAGGCUAAGGGUAUCAUCGGUAAUGCCAAUACAAUCGGUAGUGCACCCUAUAUUAUAAUUCUAAACCUUGUUUGGAUAUGUGCGUCACCGCUUGGGUAAUCCUGACUAGCCAUUUGCGCGAAUCAACUCAAGUAUGAGAUGCUGGGAUCAUCUCAACUUGAUUGCUUUCCGGCUCUGCUACCCAUAACGAAAGAUCACUCUACAACGUGACCAACAGAUUUCGAUAGCAGUGUGCUUAUUGCGAGUUUUUUUAAUGUUCUCAAUAGCAUAAAAGUUAACGAAAUUUGUGUGAAGUUGAAACAACGCCCCUAGCGGUAAACGUAGGCAAACUUUCAAACUACAUACAAAUUUGAGUUAACUUUUACGUUAUCGAGAACGUUAAAAAACUCGCAAUAAGCACACAGCAUCUUUGUAAGUUCCAGAAGGUGUAGUCUAAACGCAAAUAAAAAAAAUAAAAAAAUAACAGACCUUUCCGAGAUGAAUUAACGUAUGUACAUGCCAAAUCCAUGAUAAAAUAAACAUACAUAGAUAAAUCGGAACCCAAUAGAGUAUCAAACCGUUGAUAAUUAAAAAAAUAAAUAAAUAAUGACACCAUGAAAAAACAUGUUUAAAAACAUUAAAAGUGUAGUGAUAAAAAUAUUUAAAAAGAAAAAACAUACUAAUCAGAUAAACAGUAUAGUAAAUUUUUAGAUUGAAACAGAUUGACUUUCUAAAAUAGAUUUGUCAAAUUCAUAUAGGUAAAUAACAAUUCUCAAAUAUUAUUUAAUAUGCGAUUUUAAAAUUUAAAGCUGGGGUAGGUCAGCUCGUUUCCAACCGCAAUUAAAUUUAAUGGCACCUAUAAUUAUUAUUUUUUUUAUUGCCCUUGUAGGCAGACGAGCAUACAACCCACCUAAUGGUGAGUGGUUACCGUCGCCCAUGGACUUCAGCAAUGCCAGGGGCAGAGCCAAGCCGCUGCCUACCGAAACCAAACCAAUUAAAACUGGAUGUACCAAACCAGCUUACACAGACUGUCUACAGUGCAAUAACAGAUUACAUCACAAAAGACCAUAUUUUACAAAUAAAAUUAGUUUAUAACCUUAUCAACAUUUUUUUUAUCUCACUGUUUGCAAGGUUAUUAUAAUUACAAUAGAGUUGGACAGUGUUACUAACAGUAGCUUGAUGUAAAUAAACUAAUUGAAAUGUAAAUGUGAAAGACAUUAUUUUUUAUAUUAUUAUAAUAUUUUAAAAGAGAUACUUAAUAUUAAUACGCGAUAUUUUACUUUACAUUAACUUUUAAUUUGCAAUAUUUUUUUACAAUAUUUUUUUUUUCAUUUAAUCUACUUUUUCGUAGUUUUAGUAUUAUUGCAAUACAAAUAAAUAUCUUAGAACAGUAGUUCUCCACAAGUAUGUGGGAAAUUGUUAUGACACUACUUAAAAAAAGCCCAAACUAGCUUGGACAACGAAAACAAAACUUAACAUUGAUUGAAUAUUAUUCGAAAUUAUCAAAAUAAUCAUAAACACUAUGUCCGCUGUUUUGUGCUCCCGUAUAAAUUUAAAAUUUAAUUAAUUAAUACCAAUUAACAAUACCAAUGUAAUUACCAAUUUAAAAGCAUUCGAGAAAAUAUAAUUCAUAUCACUAAAGCAAAAUUUAACUGCAUUAAUGAAUUUGAAUCGUGUCCAUAUUGUAUUUAUGCGUAGAUUCAUGUAAAUAAAAUGAAACAAAAAUCACACAUUCUUAACGCAUCACAUUUUUAAAUUGUGACAUUUAAAUUUAUGCUCAAUCCUCUCAUUAAUUCGUUAUUUAUUAAGUUAUGAAUAUUGUAGUUGUAUUAUUGUUUUGUAUUGUAAAAUAAAUAAAUAUUUAUUUCUAAAUAAAGGCUUAGGUAAUUAUUACCACAGAAAAUACUAUCAAAAAGUAGAAAAAAAGAAAUACUAAUGUAGCUGUCUAUGGUAUAAAAACACUCUUUAAAUUUAGAACAUUUUGUUUGACAAUUUAUAGCAUGUAUUUAGUAUCUAGUCUCUGUAUAAAUUUAUUUUUUUAAAAGUUCAUAACCUUACACCCAUCAUUAAUGUAUAAAAUGAUAAGAAAUUGUAAAUUUCAUCGAAAUUAGCUCAAGAUAAACUGUAGUGUUAAAGUAAAUAUGUAUAAAUUCCAUACUAUAGACUGAUUCUAUAUCAUUUACAAAUUAAAUAAAUAUAAAUUGACCAAGAAACUAUGAGAAGUGAAACUUCUUUGCGAACAAAGAGCGUUUCUCUCUUCUCUGCCUUCGUUCUUUUUGCGACAUGAAUCAGUGUGCUUAGUGCGAGUUUUUUAACGUUUUCGAUAGCGUAAAAGUUAGCUCAUAUUUGUAUGGAAUGGGAUCGUUUGUCUACGUUUGCCGCUAGGGGCGCUGUUCCAACUGCAUACAAAUUUGAGUUAACUUUUACGCUAUCGAGAACGUUAAGAAACUCGCACUAAGCACACUGUUCCCGUUACACACAACUUAAGUUUCACAUUAUAUUUUACUCUUGUCACGCCGUAAGAUUUUUUCUAGAAAAAGUAUUGAUGAAGCCUUUAAAUAUGUAAAGUUUAUAAAGUAGAUGCAUUUAGUAGGUAUAUAAGUAAACAAAGUGUUCUUCCAUUUAACGAAUAAGUAAGAUUAAUUAAGUACUCAGGUAUUUCGUACGAUAAUCGUGAUAUCAUUUUGAAUUUUAAAUUUUUAUAUGCCUUCCGCCAUCUUUGUUUACGACGCGGGAAAUCAAUCCGUGGGAUGGCGGUACUUACACACUACGGAAGGUAGAAGUAAGAAGCAUCAUCUUGUAUAGGGGACAAGACGAAAAAAUGUGAACCCACAAACAGCAAGUUAUUAUUGGAAGACUCAUCGAAAUAGCGCAAGGGUAGGAAGUGGAACUAACAUGAAUACCUAUAGCAGUUUUUAAACAGAGUGAAGUAUGCCGGAUUGAAAAGUUUAAUAUGUCGAGACUUGUGUACUUAAAAAAUAUACAAUAUUUAUAAUCUCAACUACUUAUUUUUAUUACUACUAUUUACGUACAAAGCGUUUUUAUUUUUAUUAAUUUAGUAUCCUACUCCAAUAGCAUAAGGUGCUGUUUUUUAAAUCUUUCCACUUGCUACUGUGGUGCCACCUAAAUUGGCUUCAUUUCAGCGGACACUUUUUAAAACACUUGAGUUGGUGCUCCUUAUUUCUAACCUCCAUAUUACGCACCAACAACGUACGUACCUCUUGUGUUAGUGCGAACGCUCUGAUGACGUCGUAGACUGGCGUUGGACGCUUACCGUAGCCCGGAGUGUCCGACCCGUACUGCUAACAUAUGACCUCAAACAGGCGACGAUAAUUAUGUUAUUGGAUCGAUGUAGAGCUCUAGAACUACGCGAUGAAUGCCGGUUUUCAUGAUUCGUGUACGUGAUAAAGAAAUACUUGUAAAAAAAAAACAUUUAGCAUUUAAUAAAACCUUUAAAACAUUAUCUCUAAUAUAAUAAGAAAACAACAUUUAAAACCCCUAAUCUCGUUUUGAAUUAAUUUUUUAAACAGUAUUAUUAUACAAUGCAAAACUGAACUACUCUUAAGAAAAAGGUUUUUUUUUUAAACUAAAGAGUUUUUAUGGUUUUAAAUGCUAAAAGUUUUUACAUAUUUACUGCUUAAUCUCGUUGUUCGACUCCGAUACCCGAAGGACAAACUAGUGUUACGAAUUUACCUUCCCAGAACUUGGUAAAUCAACGAAAGAUGCAACUGUAAAAAAAUACAUAAUAUAAGAAAACGUAUUCCAAAAUCUAUCAACGAUGUACAUUAUCUUAAAUUAGUAUAUAGGCUGUAGAGUAUAUGUAUAUAAUGUUUAAUUAGGGUAGUUGAAUUUUUUAAAUACAUACUAAUAUUAAUAUCAUGGGAAUUAUUAUGGGUGAAUACUUUGUCAUUUUUCGGACAUUUGUCCCGGAGAGGAAAUGACUUCGUAGAGCGCCUUGUCGUUCAGGGAAAAGUGGAAGGCACCAGACCGCGUGGAAGGUUGCCCAUGCGAUGGUUCGACCAAGUCAAGUUGGCAGUUGGCGGCUGUUUGCAUGAGUGUACCAGACUCACCACGGAGUGGGGAUUGCUCGUGGCGCAUAUGGUACAUUAAUAUCUGCCCACAGCAAUGAUACUGAAUGACGGCCACGACCGCUCUGACAAGAGUGAUACGACAAAGGAAAGGAAAAUUAAUAUCGAUUAAUGAUUUUUAUUUAGUCGGAAGAGUUUUAUUGAAAUCUUCGUAUGAUCGUGAUUGGAGGGGGUGUGGUGAAUUCGGAGGGGAGGAGUGGUCUUUAACAUUCAACUAUUCCAUAAAUUCUGAAUAUGCCACUACAUUGUUGACAUACGUUUUGUUACCUCAAAAAUUUAACUGGAAGAAUUAUUUUGUUUUGAAUUAUGGAUUAUAAUUAUAAAAUAAUAUUCCGCAGUUUACGGUUUGUGUUUACAACGUGGCUUUUUCACAGGAUUUAAGAUAUGAAACACAAGUGGAAACAUGUAUUUUCUAUUGAGUUAUAGUUUAAGAAAGUGCAAACUCACGCUUAUAAGUAUAUUUGAGUCGACUAUUAUCAAAGCCGGCAAUGUGACUUUUGGACAAUUAUUGGUAAAUCAGAAAAACGAAUUAUUGACUUUGUAUUCCAUUGGCAGUAACAAAACUCUUCUGAACGACAUCUUAGAUAAAUAACAGGUUAAGUAUUAACCUUUAUUUAAUGCAGGUUCUGAACCGUAUUCUUUGAAGGAGACGAUUAUAUUCAAAUCAAUCUGUAUUGACAUAUCAAUAACAUUUUUUGUCCAAAUGCACAGAUUGCCACCUUUGAUAAUAGACGACUCAUUUAUGCUAAACUUAGAAAAUUUUCUUGCUUGGAUUGUGUUAAUAAAUACGUUGUAAGUCAAGAAACUUUGUUUACGUUUGAUACGUACGGUCAUUCGAGACCAGAAGCGCAACGAAUUGACCUUCGAAUUUACAUUAAAACAACGAUUAGCCACAUAUGACGUCACGUGGUGUAGUAAGCGUUAUAAGGUAAUAAAUAGAUUAGGUUUUAUUUCAGUGAUUUAAUUGAGUUAACAACGUCCUUUAUAAUUAUUAAUUUUACUUUUGUUAUUGGUGUUUUGCAGCCUAUUUAUUUUCUUGUUUUAGUCUCGAGAGUAAAAAACUUACACCCUGUAUAUAAUACUGUACCGUAUAUUACCGUCCAAAAGGUGAAUACCGUUAUUUACUUACAUUGUUAAGUAUGAUGAUAACACGCAUUAUUUGAGCACAAGUUAUGUUUUAUUACAAUAUGAGUUGAGCGAAAAAAUAUAACAAAAUAAUACACUAAAAAUUAAAACGGUUAUUUGUCCUGAUGGAAGGGUUGAUUUUUCAUUUUAUUGUCAAUCUGCCGUUUAUCAUACGUAGAUAAUGUUUUUAAAAUCACUUUCAAUCUUCUGGACGGAAGUAUAUAAUUAGUAUGUAUAUAUUAUAUUUUUUUUAUGAAAUAAUAGUAUAUUACGCCCCUUGGGAAGGAAAAUAAGAAAAGCCUGAGAUUUACUUUUUUACUUGCCAAGGGCUGUAUACUAUUUUUUUGUCCGACAAAGGCGGGAAGCGGCAACUUUGCUUAGCGCAGCGGGACGUAAAUUGCCACUUUCCGCCCGGAGGGAAAAAAUACAUAUAUAUCGACGCUUGAAAGGCAAACGUGACUAAGCGACAAUGCGUGAACUUUACAGUAGACUAAUUUAAAGUUGAAAUACCUGAAAAAAUUUUUAUUUUAACGAAUCUAGCUGUAGGAUCGAAAUGAUUUUAAUAUACCUAGAAAUAUAUAUUUUUUACGCAUCGAAUAUGGUUAUUGCCUAUCAUAUAUGUACAAAGCAGUUAUUGUCGCUUAGUCACGUUUGCCUUUCAAGCGUCGAUAUGUAUUAAUUCAACUUGCACUAAUUUUACGUUAAAUGAAAUUUAAAAAAAUCGAUUGACAAAGUUUGAAGGUAGAUCGAGUUGUAUUUUAGAAAGAAAAAAAAUAAUCAGACUGCGAUAUUGAAGUUGACAUGAUACGUUAAUUCUUGUUCUUAUGUCAUAUCUAACUAAGACAUUAUAGUUUAAUGGUCGAAUAUCUCCAUAUAAUGAAGAUUUGUACUUACAUUGAAGAAUCUCAACAUUAACUGUUUGUUACAUGAAAUGUAUGAAAAAUAAAAACUUUUGAGAGACAA